AUGUUGCAUCCAAUAUAGCCCGAAUAGGAGGUAUGAGACCAAUAAUGAUCUAUAGUCACUUUAACAAGCUCCUAGAAUGAAGUUACAUGAUAAAAAUCAAGUAGAUGAUUGUGAUAAGCAUAUUGAAUAAUUAAUGAGAUUUUAGUAUAACAACUAGAAACGCAGGUCUAACUGCCAAAGUUCAUUUUAGAAUUAAAAGGAAAGUUAAAAAAAAGCAUGUCCCAAUUUUUUUUAUCAAAUGCAUAAAGCACUGUGGACAGAGAGGAUCUAUUUAACCUGGUCAUGGUUUUGGACCCAAUAAACGAAGAGAGCUUAAAAUAUCUAAUAAAUUUUGUGA